AUGGCUGGCGGUUCGCUCGCGCCAGGCCAGACUGGUGGAGCCCCGCCCGACCAGCGCAAGUGCAAGGCUCCGGCCCCCGCUGCAGCCGCGGAGGACGAGGCGGAGGUGGAGGAGCUGGAGAGCGAGGUAGCCGAUCUGGACCGCCGCACCCUCGAGCACCUCCGCCGCACCGCCACGCGCCUCCCCGACGCUGCCUUCUCCCGCCUCGCCGCGCUCCGCCCUCCCGCACGCCUCGAAGUUCCAGUUGUCUCGGAAACAUCAGUCGCUGAAGAUGACCAAGAGCUUGAGAAAGUAAAGAUCCUCAAAUCCAAGAUCAAAGCUAAUAUUGCGGAUUUGCCCAAGGUGCAGAAAAAGUGUAUAUUUGUAAUCCAUAGUAACUCAUUUCAUCACGCAGACAGCAAGAACCUUUUCUCCCCUAGCUUCACCCUUGACCCUUGA